AUGCAGGGUUCAAUCAACGACGACUUCUACACGAGCGAGGCCUUUCGAGCAAUCUCAUACGUUCUGAUCGCAUACUUUGCAUGCUCGUGGCUAUGGGAAACCAUUUACGUCUUGUACAGACAUCCUCUUCGCAAUUUUCCGGGCCCAAAAUUGCGCCUCAUAUACCCAACAGCGUUCGCACUGCUUGACGGCGUCACUGGCAACCAUACUUGGCAGAUACUCGACUGGCAUGAGCUCUACGGCGAAGUGAUACGCUCAGGUCCCAACUCGUUGUCAUUUACGUGUCCCGCCGCAUGGCAAGACAUCUAUGGUCGACGUGGUGCCCAUGAGCUUCGCAAGUCUCGCCCUACAGGUAUCAAGCUCGGUCCUCCCGAUAUCCUCGAAGCCGGCCAUGAAGCUCAUGCAAGGUAUCGGCGACUGAUGGGACCCGCAUUCUCUCACAAGGCCGUCUUGCGGCAGCAACCUAUUCUGGACAAGUACACUUACCUGCUUCUCAAUCUGAUAGAGCAGAAGUCCUUAGGCUCAUCGCCUGUUGACUUCGUUGAGCUGUUCAACUACACCACCUUCGACAUCAUUGGCGACCUGGCGUUCGGUGCUUCGCUAGGGGGCUUAGCGAAAGGCGACACUAAUCCUUGGAUCGACAACAUCAAGAGAACGAUCAAGGUGUUUCCACGUCUAGCAUUGCUGCUCCGAAUGCCCAAAGCGACAUGGGUUCUCCAACGCCUCUUCUUCUCCAGGCUGCGAGAGCAGCAACGGCAGCAUCGACGGUACGUCGAGAACUUGCUCAAUCAUCGGCUGAGCAGCGCAAGGGAGUCAAGUAAUAUCGAUUUUGUGGAUCACUUCAUGCAAGCCAAGCCAGACCAGAAAGGACAUACUGACACAUUGACCCGAUCGGAGCUUGUGCGCAACCUCGAUACGCUCAUGGUGGCCGGAUCAGAGACCGUUGCCACGUCACUGUCUGGUGUGACCUACCUCUUGCUAACUCAGCUGAGCUGCCUGAAGCAGUGUGUCAGUGAGAUCGAUGCGACGUUCGAGGACGAAACGCAAAUCGACGCAGCAGGUGUAAGCCAACUCUCUUAUCUCCGCGCGUGUCUGCGCGAGACGUUGAGGCUCUAUCCUCCAGUGCCCUGCACCCUCGGUCGUGUAACUGGCAACGACCAGCCUAUGGGCAUUGCUGGCCAUCUCGUGCCUGCCCAGACACAUGUCGGUGUGCCACCUUUAGCAGCAUCCCGGGCAUCCUACAACUGGUGUCGACCACACGAAUUCCGACCUGAGCGCUGGCUACCCGGGGCUUUAAUUCCCAGCUCACCCUAUUAUCACGAUAGACGCGAUGCGUAUAAGCCGUUCGGCUACGGUCCGCGAGACUGUAUAGGAAGCAAUCUUGCGUGGCAGGAGUCGAGCCUCAUUCUCGCCCGUCUCUUGUGGAGGUUUGAUCUCGAGCUGCAUAGAGAGAGUCAAGAUUGGAUGGUCAAGCAGAGUGUCUUUGGAUUAUGGGACAAGCCUCCGCUGUGGGUGGAAGUUAGUCCACGCAAGCAGCGAGAGAAGAAGAACAAGAGUGGGAGCUGA